UUUCGCCUAACGAACUGUUAGCCCGUUAGUGCAGCGUCUGUGACUCUCUGAACCACGUGUUAGCUGCUUCGGCGUCACUCUGCAAUCCGCAGCUGGUGCAUUACAGGACAAUAUCUGUUAUCCACACGCCGCGCUGCCGCAAGGCUCAGAAAUGAACACCGACAACUUCGCACUGAGCGCAAAAAUAGUCUCGCCCUCGUACGUGCGUCAGGGGCUGCAGGCGCGCCGCGGGCACGAGCAACUCGUUAGAAUUCUCCUAGACCAGGGGAAAUGUCCUGAGGAAGGAUGGAGCGAGAGCACCACGGAACUCUUUCUGAACGAGCUCGCAGUGAUGGACAGCAACAACUUCCUCGGAAACUGCGGUGUGGGAGAGAGAGAGGGCAGAGUAGCGUCCAACCUGGUGGCAAGACGACAUUACAGACUGAUCCAUGGCAUCGGUCGCUCUGGUGACAUUGCUGCUGUUCAGCCAAAGGCGGCUGGUUCCAGUCUCCUUAACAAGCUCACCAAUUCAGUCAUGCUGGAUGUUCUUAAAUUCACAGGUGUUAGAAGUGUGUCUUCAUGCUUUGUGGUUCCCAUGGCAACUGGAAUGAGCUUGACAUUGUGUUUCCUCACGCUCAGACACCAGAGGCCCAGGGCACGCUAUAUACUUUGGCCACGCAUUGACCAGAAGUCUUGCUUCAAAUCCAUGGUCACCGCUGGGUUUGAGCCAGUGGUGAUUGAGAACGUGCUGGAAGGAGAUGAGCUGAGGACAGAUCUGGAGACAGUGGAGAAGAAGAUUGAGGAACUUGGAGCCGAGAACAUCCUGUGUGUCCAUUCCACCACUUCCUGUUUUGCUCCUCGUGUCCCUGACAGAUUGGAGGAACUCGCUGUUAUGUGUGCCAAACAUAAAAUUCCUCACAUAGUCAACAACGCCUACGGAGUGCAGUCCUCAAAGUGUAUGCACCUUAUACAACAGGGUGCACGAGUGGGGAGAAUUGAUGCUUUCGUGCAAAGCUUGGACAAAAACUUCAUGGUCCCAGUUGGAGGGGCCGUCAUUGCUGGUUUUGACGAAGGCUUCAUUAAGGAGAUCAGUAAAAUGUACCCGGGCCGUGCCUCGGCCUCCCCGUCUCUGGACGUCCUCAUCACCUUGCUCACCCUGGGGGCGCGGGGCUACAAGAAACUCCUGAGCGAGAGAAAGGAGCUGUACGGCCACCUGGCUCAGGAGCUCAAGACGCUGGCUGAGAGGCACGGAGAGAGACUGCUGCACACGCCUCACAAUCCCAUAUCACUGGCUAUGUCCCUGGGGACGCUGCAGGCCCACUGUGAGACAGCAGUUCCCCAGCUGGGCUCCAUGCUCUUCACCAGACAGGUGUCUGGAGCCAGGGCCGUGCCACUGGAUAUGGAACAGGUUGUGAGUGGGCACACGUUCCGAGGCUUCAUGUCCCAUUCAGACAGCUACCCAUGCCCAUACCUUAACGCUGCCUCUGCCAUUGGCAUCACCAAAGAGGAUGUGGAACUCACAAUCAGACGGCUGGACAAGUGCCUCAAGACCAUUAAGAAAGAGUCAAAUGCGGAGAAGAAUGAGAGUCCAGAUGACCAAACAGUGCCCAGACAGUAUCCUGAAUGAAAUACUAACUCAACAAGAUGUUCUGCGAGAGCUGACUAUAUUUCUUGUGGACAGAGUUGGACAAAAGACUCAAUUAUCAUUUCCAUCAUGCACUGAAAUAGGACACUACCUGGUUUAAAAGGAACUGUUAAAAGAAAGGAAAUCAACGAAGUGUAGGCAUAUAAUUAAAGCUGUUAAUAAAGAUUAUUUCGUUUUAACAAUUUUAAGUAGUCUUGGCAUUGUAGGGAUUAUUUUGUUAAGGUAUUCUGAUCAAAGCAUAGGUUCUCUAAUUUUCAGCCCAUGCUUUGCUGUUUGGCAUCAUUUGCAAUUGAACAUGGCAUAAUUUCAAAAUAUCUUUAGUAAUGAAAAAUGUUGCUCUCCUGCAGUUUAUUGUACGUAUUGUAAUGGGGCAAUCAUUUAGCCCUUUGUGAACAAAAUUGCCUCCCCCUAAUUUGCCUUAAUGUAUGACUGCAUGCAAUGAAAAGAGGUCUACUGACUUUCUUCUAGAAAUUAUAUUCAAUUACAUAGUUUAUCCCAAAAUAAAUAAAAAAUAAAGCAUAUGA